UUAUUAGCUUGUGAAGAAACCAAUGGAUUGAAACGGCAUUAUGAAAAGGUACGCGAUGUCUACGGUUGCCUUGGAAUCAUCAAGAGUUUACACUCUGAAGGUGUGCAAUACCUUAUACUUGUGAAAAGUCAUUUUCUAGUGGGAAAAAUAUUCGAAAGUGAAAUCUAUCGCAUUACUGGUGUCGAAGUAGUCCAAACAGCAAGAAAUCAUUUACCUGAUGUUGACGCUGAACGCAUAAACGAAAUCAGAAAAAUCUUGGGUUCUGGCGCAUUCUUUUUUUCCUAUAGUAAAGAAACAAAUUGUUAUGACCUAUCACUCAACUUGCAACGACAAGCUCGUCAGCUCAAAUCUGAUGAUCGAUUUUACUGGAAUCGUGGCAUGCAGUCACCAUUUUAUCAGUAUGGUAUUGACUGUGAAAAUUGGCUAAUCCAAGUAAUUUGUGGAUCGAUAGAGAUUAGAACCUUGUUUUGCCAUGGUAAACAAGCUCGAAUUUGUAUUUUAUCACGAAUAAGCUGUGAUCGCUAUGGCACUCGCUUCAAUGUCAGAGGGAUUGACGAUUACGGAAAUUGCGCCAAUUUUGCCGAAACUGAACAAAUUAUUUUUACCGAUUCUGGAACUACAUCUUUCCUAAUGUUGCGUGGGUCAGUGCCGAUGUUCUGGUCGCAACAAGGAAUUCAGGUUGGCAGUCAUAAAAUUAAAUUAGAUCGCAGUGCAGAAGCAUCGCUAGGAGCAUUUACAAGCCAUUUUCAAACACUCAAAGAUAAAUAUGGUAAUAUCACGGUAUUAAACCUUCUCGGUAUUAAAGAAGGGGAAGGGAUUUUAUCAGGAAAUUUCAAGUAUAUGAUAUCUGAAUUACCCCAAGAAUUGAAGCCAAAUUAUGUUGCUUUCGAUUUUCAUGCUGUUGGUAAAGCUAAUGAAAAGGCCUAUCUCUUAAAGCAGAAAGUUAAAAAGACCUUUGAUCAAAUGGGAUUUUACUACACUUCAAAUGGAGAAGUUCAAAGGUAUCUGCAGAAUGGUUUUUUCCGCGUAAACUGUAUGGAUUGCCUGGAUAGAACUAACGCAGCUCAGGAAAUGCUAGCAGCCGAGAUUUUGCCACAACAGGUAAUUGCCUUAAUUGGAGCUGAUAAGCUAACUCUUUCAAAAUUUGCAAUGACGGUAAGACCACUAUGGAAAGACAGCGGCAAUAGAAUAAGUAAGAUGUAUGCUGGUACUCAAAUGCUGGAGGGCAAAUCCAAGAUGGAUAAAGUCAAAGUUGCAGCAAGUUCAGUUGGACGUACAAUUAUUAGUAAUAUGCUCGACACGGUAAAGCAGGAGGCUUUUGAUAUUAUUCGUUACGGCAACACUUUUAGUGGAUGUAUUGAUGCCAGACGUUAUGGAAAUGUAGCUGAAACUUCGUAUGCUUAUCUCAGCAACAAAUUUAGAUAUCAUCCUCCGGCAUACCUGAGCACAAUUUGUGAAAAUCUCGAUAGCCUUACAAAGCAACUACCAUUACGCGUAUUUAUCGGCACAUGGAAUGUAAACGGAGGUAAACACUUCCGUAGUAUUGCAUUUCGUCAUCAAUCUAUGGCUGAUUGGCUGGUUCAUGCUCAAGACAUUGCAGCCCAGCGAAGUAAUCGGGACCUAUCUAAUCAAACCAAGCCGGAUAUUUAUGCUAUUGGAUUUGAAGAACUAGUAGAUCUUAGUGCAUCUAAUAUACUUGGUGCUAGCCAUACGAAUAAAAAUGAGUGGCUAAAUGAAUUGCAACGUAUCCUAAAUCAAGAGAGCAGUUAUGCAUUGGUAGCUGUGGAGCAGUUGGUUGGUGUAUGCUUAUAUAUAUUUGUAAAGGUUUCUUUGUUGCCACACAUAAAAGAUGUUGCUGUCGAUACAGUUAAAACUGGUCUAAAAGGAAAGGCAGGAAAUAAAGGUGGCAUUGGCAUUAGAUUUCAGCUCUUUUCAACUACUUUUUGCUUCAUAUGUUCUCAUUUAGCCGCUGGACAAAAUCACGUCGAUGACAGAAAUUCUGAUUAUAAAGACAUUCGUGAGGGUCUUACUUUUCCAAUGGCUUAUCUGGUUGAUUCUCAUGAUUAUGUUUUUUGGUGUGGUGAUUUAAAUUAUCGUAUCGAUUUACCAAGAGAUGAGGUACUGAAAAUGAUCGAGAAUAAUAGCUGGCUUACUAUGCAAGAAGAGGACCAAUUAAUCAAAUCGCGAGAGAGUGGAUUGUCAUUUAUAGGUUUCAAGGAAGGAAAGCCAGAUUUUGCUCCAACAUAUAAGUACGAUUUAUUUUCAGAUGAUUACGAUACUAGCGAGAAGCAGCGAACUCCAGCCUGGACAGAUCGAGUUAUGUGGAAACAUAUAAAAAAUUCUAAAACGUAUCGUAAAUUUAGUAGGAAACUUGAUUUAAUGAACAUAAAUCAUUUAGAAGAGAUUACAACAAGUCAUGUUACUGAAUCUCAACGAAAAGAAGGUCACUUAGUUUAUUACGAUAGAACUGAAUUAAAGACUUCUGAUCACCGACCAGUAGCUGCAAUUAUCGAUGUUAACGUUCAAAAUUUAAUGGAGUCUGAUUUUCAGAAUUAUGUAUCUGAAACAAACACCGUAUGUCAGAAAUCUUUCCCAUUGUCCAUUCUUGUAAAAGUUAUUUCGGAUCGGUCAGCAACUAAUUCCACAAAAUUGUUACCUAUUACUUUCCGACUAUAUACUACUCUAAGGCGUUUUGGUGAAAUUGCAAUGAUUAGGUAA